UUGUAAAGAAAACUCGGCGAGAAAAAGAACAUUCUCUCUUCCGUCUCGGUCUCUUCUACAGCCGCCGACCGAGCCGCCUUUCUACCUAGCGCCAGAGGGAGAACCAGGUGAGAGAGAAAGUCAUACACACAGGCACUCUCACAUGUUGAUGUAUAUCUAGAGAGCGAAGAGGGAUCCACGGCCUAUUGAUUGCUACUGGAUCAGUGCUUUGGUUUCACUGCUGCAAUUUCACUGCUGCAAUUUCACUGUUAUCGGCGAGUAUUUGGGCUCUCGAGUUCGGAUUUAACGGGUUAUUGCUUAUAAUUGGGUGUACAAGGCCUUGUGCUGGUCGAUAUUGCGGCUUCAAGUUUGUUGCUGAAGCGCAGAUUGAAUUUGUGCCAAACCGAUAUCUGAAAAUGCAAAUUCAGCAACCGGAAGUGGAAGCGGGGGUUGGAAAAUGUGAAGAUAUUUGAGACGACAUUGUCUGCAGGGCUUAUCUGAUUGGUCUCCUUACUGCUUCGCUUAUUUACUGAGGAGGCGAGAAAGUAAGUUUUUACAAGUAAAGAUGGAGGAUUUGGCUGCUCUCGUGGAGGCCACAGGAUCGCGAUUUAGUGACUUGGAGCUCAUUGGAAGGGGUUCCUUUGGAGAUGUGUAUAAAGGAUGCCACUCUUGGAGAUGGAAAAUCAGCUAUGGUUGAAGCAACAUCCUCGUGCACCUCCACAAAGCUCCAGGAUUAGACCAACCUCCAACCUGUGCAAGACUGAGAUAAUAGCCAGAAACUCUCCCUCCUUCCCCCAACUCGGUGUUAAAAUGAGCUUGGCAACAGUUUGAUAAGGAGCUUAAAAAAGUGGUUGCUAUUAAAGUUAUUGACCUAGAAGAAUCAGAAGAUGAAAUUGAGGAUAUUCAAAAGGAAAUAGCAGUUCUAUCGCAAUGUCGAUCAGCGUAUAUUACAGAAUAUUAUGGGUCCUACGUCCAUCAAACCAAGCUAUGGAUAAUAAUGGAAUACAUGGCUGGUGGCUCUGUUGCUGAUCUAAUUCAACCAGGUCAGCCACUGGAUGAGAUGUCCAUAGCUUGUAUUGUACGUGAUUUGCUGCAUGCUAUUGAAUAUCUUCACAAUGAAGGGAAAAUCCAUAGAGAUAUUAAAGCGGCAAACAUUUUGUUGACAGAGAAUGGUGAUGUUAAGGUUGCUGAUUUUGGUGUGUCUGCUCAAUUGACAAGAACAAUCUCAAGAAGAAAGACUUUUGUAGGAACACCAUUUUGGAUGGCUCCAGAGGUAAUUCAAAAUUCUGAAGGGUACAAUGAGAAGGUAGAUAUUUGGUCUCUGGGGAUAACAACUAUUGAGAUGGCAAAAGGAGAACCACCACUUGCAGAUCUGCACCCGAUGAGGGUUCUUUUCAUUAUACCCCGUGAAAAUCCACCACAGCUGGAUGAGCAUUUUUCUCGUCCUAUGAAAGAAUUUGUUUCUCUGUGUUUAAAGAAGACUCCUGCUGAGAGACCAAGUGCUAAGGAACUUCUGAAGCACCGUUUCAUCAGGAAUGCUAGGAAAAGUCAAAGACUUUUGGAGAGAAUAAGAGAGCGGCCUAAGUUUCAAUUAAAAGAACAUGGAGAAACUCCUCGAAAUGGUCCUGUAGCUUUGGCGAAGGCAUCUGGCACCGUGAAGGUGAUGAAUGAGUCCAAAGGUGAAGACACUUUACUGGCCAGUAGCCAGGGGAAAACCUUCAAAAAUGCUGGAUGGGACUUCAGCAUUGGUCAAACACCCAGUAGUACUGGAAUUGUACGAAGUGUCUCAAGACCACCUCAGGUUCGUGACAGGAAACCAGAAGUUACUAACAACCAAGUUGCUCCUGUAAAAGCAACGGAAGCUGGUAACCAGUGGUCAUCUGCUUCUGGAAAUGUGUUUUACAAUCAAAUUAGGAAAAAUGCGGGAGAUCAAAAUCUUGAUGGAGAACAAAAAUAUUACGACGAAGAUGAAGAAGUAUCAAUGACUGGGACUGUUAUUGUACGAUCUCCUAGAGGAGGUCAGUCAUCCUCUCUAUUCAGCGACCAGAGUGUUUCGUCUAGCAGCACAUUUACUUCCUUUGAAGAUGCGUCCAACAGUGGGACCGUUGUCUACCGCGGACAUGACAAUUCAGACUCUCCUCGAACUCCAAAGUCCAGACUGGGUAUCCCAGAAAGAACUUCAAGUGCAACUGAAGACAGUGCAAUGAACCUCGCACAGGCAAAGGCUGCAAUGCAAGGAGGAUUGAAGAGGGGAAAUGCUCGGGAGAAAUCUGCAAUGGUGAAGGUUGAUAGAGACAGACAAGAAAGUAAAAAAUCAGGUCAAUCACCAAAUAGCUCUGAUUCUUCAAGACCUCCUCGUGAUUACUUUGACGCGCACAAAGUAUUUCCAAUAUCACGCCAAGCAAGUGAAGAGGAAGAGAGCGCCAGAACUGUUGCAGCUUCAUUAUCUCCUCCACUAUCAAUGUUGCUAAUCCCUUCACUAAAAGAGGCCAAUGCUGAUGAUUCAGACGGGCCACUUGUGCGUGCAGUAGCAAAUUCACUUAUGGAUAUGGAAAGGAUGAAACCGGGAAGUAGUGAGGUUUUUGUCACCGGGUUGCUUCAGCGGCUUGGAAGUUCAAAGGAGUCUUCACUGAAAAAUAUUCAGGAGCUGGCUGCUCGCAUUUUUUCCAAGGACAAGAAGGCUUCUGAACAAACAGAUAGCACAAAUCCUGAAGAUGAUACCAAGAAAAGGCAACCAAAUAAAGAAUUUCACUCGCAUGCCAAUUUAAGCCCGUUGGCCAGAUUCUUGCUCUCAAGAUGGCACGGCCAAGUGUCCCGAGAUACGAACCCAACAUGAAGAAUGCUUGGACAUCGUUUGUCCGUAUACUCCUUUGUGUGUUCUGUUUAUUAAUUAAUUUUGAUUGGAUGUGUACAUAACUAUAUCGUCUCCUCCACCUGGACCCUUGAGAGUUGUAUUUUCCUUUUCUUCAUUUUUCUUUGUAGUUGUAACAUAACAUUGGUCUAUAAUUAAUACUGAGCUUCAAUGUAAUGUCAACAAGUAAUCCCAGUUAUUAAUGAUUACUUGUUGCCAAUUCUCAUCUUUAAUGGAAGAGAAUGCGGUGAUGAUA